UGCGCGGAGAGCGUGCGCGCCGAGCGAUCGAUUGAUCGGGCAGGAUUCGGGCCUCCAUUUUUCUAAAGGAGAGCUGAGACCGCGAGAGCCGGACCAGCGGGAAUGGAAAAUGAUGAUACUGCGGUCCAGUAUGCAAUUGGCCGUUCAGAUACAGUGGCCCCUGGCACGGGGAUCGACCUAGAGUUCGAUGCAGACGUCCAGACCAUGUCCCCAGAGGCUUCAGAAUACGAAACGUGCUACGUCACAUCCCAUAAAGGGCCCUGCCGCGUCGCCACCUAUAGUAGAGAUGGGCAGUUAAUAGCGACCGGUUCUGCCGACGCCUCCAUAAAGAUCCUUGACACGGAGAGGAUGUUGGCCAAAAGUGCCAUGCCGAUAGAGGUCAUGAUGAACGAGACUGCACAGCAGAACAUGGAAAACCACCCAGUGAUUCGCACUCUCUACGACCACGUGGAUGAAGUCACGUGUCUCGCUUUCCACCCGACAGAGCAGAUUCUGGCCUCUGGCUCAAGGGAUUACACUCUGAAAUUGUUUGAUUAUUCCAAACCAUCUGCGAAAAGAGCCUUCAAAUACAUCCAGGAGGCUGAGAUGCUACGCUCCAUCUCGUUCCAUCCUUCUGGAGACUUUAUACUUGUUGGGACUCAGCAUCCUACCCUUCGGCUCUAUGACAUCAACACAUUUCAGUGUUUUGUCUCUUGUAAUCCGCAAGAUCAACACACGGAUGCUAUAUGUUCCGUUAACUACAACCCUAGUGCCAAUAUGUACGUAACUGGCAGCAAGGACGGCUGCAUCAAAUUAUGGGAUGGUGUUUCCAAUCGCUGCAUCACGACUUUUGAGAAAGCACAUGAUGGUGCAGAAGUUUGUUCUGCCAUUUUUUCAAAAAAUUCUAAAUACAUUCUCUCAAGCGGAAAAGACUCUGUAGCCAAACUCUGGGAGAUCUCGACAGGACGCACGCUGGUCAGAUACACAGGUGCCGGUCUCAGCGGACGGCAGGUGCACAGGACACAGGCGGUUUUCAACCACACCGAGGACUACGUGCUGCUGCCGGACGAGAGGACCAUCAGCCUCUGCUGCUGGGACUCGCGCACGGCCGAGCGCCGGAACCUGCUCUCCCUGGGCCACAACAACAUCGUGCGCUGCAUUGUGCACUCGCCCACCAACCCCGGCUUCAUGACCUGCAGCGACGACUUCCGGGCGCGCUUCUGGUACCGCAGGUCCACCACCGACUGAGCCGGCCCUGCGCGGGCUUCCCUUCUCGAGGACUGCCCCCUGCCUGGCUGGCCCGUCACCAGCCUCCGUAGUAAGUCACUGCACCGUCUGUGGUGGUUGAGCCGCCACCUCUGCAGCCUUCUGAGAUUUGUACAAAAGAACCUUUUUUUACCUUGAUGCCGAAUCAUGGUGGAGAAAGCUGGAAACGCAGAUCUGUGCAGUUGCUCCACAGUCACUGAUAAUUACAGGGUGAUUUUCAUCGGUUUUGUAAACACAGUACUUGCCAGUUGUCUUCAGUCUCUUGACCAUUUGAAGAAGGAUGGAGUAUUGAAGUGCUUUCUAGAUCUCAAGUGGCUCUGUCAUGGAGAAUGUCAUUUGGUUAUUUUGUCAACUUGUGUGCCUGUUCUCUGCGCCCUCUUUGUAUAUUUACUUCCUUUCAGAAUACGUGUUGGCAGAUAAACAGUCCUGCAGCUCUGAGAAUCAGGAGUUUUGUGAAACCACGUUAGAGAGUUUAUCAAUUCUGUCCUAAAAUGGCGUCAUUCUGAUAAUAAAGCUCAGAUCUGCAACUUCAGCGUUACAUAGUUUUUACUUCAAUAAAAUUAACAGCCAAUUAUUUCCUGAAGAUUUCUAAAUACAUCUUUCAUCAUAAUCUCUCACCUUAUCCUUUCUUUACCUGCUAUGCUUACUUUCAGUAAAUAUAUUUCUGAUAAGAUUAUGAUUUGGUAAGGAACAUAAUUGAAAGUUCAGUAUAACCAGAUCUCAUCAAAAUUAAGUGUUCCUUCUGUUGUUCUCCAGUGUUGGUCACCUUCACAAAUGAUUAACAUCAACUGACUUUGUUCUUAGGGGAUUUGAAGUCUUAUUUUUAAGUUCCCUUCAGCAUGAGCUGUAACUUCUCAUCAUUGGUGCACAUGGUAUCUGCAGCCUUGGAAGAGUUACACAGUCAGCCAACUGAUGGACGUUUUCUUUUUCUUAAACUUUUUAGAAGGUGACAAUAUUUCUAUGGUUUCAGCUCCAGCUAGGUCAGAAAAUCCUGAACUCCUCAUUAUAAAUAUGAGCUUUGGUUUGUAUUUAUCCCAAUAAACAAAUACCUAAUGACCUGCAUCAGGGUAUACCUACAAAUGUAAUCUGGGGUCAUUUGAUAACAGCAGUAAACAGAUGAAAGUGCAAGUAUCUGCUUUAUACUGUAGGAACUUGAAACUCAUCCUGAAGUUAUUGCAUAAAAAUUCUGCGUUGGUCAUCACCUUUGGGAGGGACAUUUUAACUCCUUGGUCUGUGAAGCCAUUUUAAAAGCAUUCUUAAAGUGUUAAACCCCAGGGUUCAGGUUUCCAAAGAGCUUACAUGUUUUGAUACAGAAGACCAAAAACCAAACCCGUUGCCAUCGAGUCGAUUCCCACUCAUAGCAACCCUAUAGGACAAGGUAGGACUGUCCCACAGGGUUUCCAAGGAGCCGCUGGUGGAUUCAAACUGCAGACCCCUUGGUUAGCGGCUGAGCUUUUAACCACUGCACCAUCCAGAGUGAGUUUAAAUUGACGGUUUUAUUUUGCAACCUGAUUCUCCCGUACUUGAACUUGGCCAUCUGUGGGUGAUGCUUUUGUGAGAUUAAAAGAAACUUACUGAUUAGGAACAGGGAUAACCAGUUCUACCCAAAAAAGUUACGAGCCAAAACUCCCUACUUCCUUUUCUGACUCUUCUUUUGCUUUUAACUUAAACUAAAGCAGAGGUUUGCCGUUUUCCUCAUGAUUCUGUCUGGCGCAUGUACUGCCACAUACUAGAACGACCACACUACACUUCUGAUGGAGGUGCUGUUGGAUCUUUUUAGUUGCUCACAACUGAAAAUGCCUACAUUUUAGUUUGGGGAGUAGUCUCUGCAAUAGGUGUGUAGUUUCAGGAUUUCUACUUACAAGAUCAAGAUAUCUUUGCAUAUGCCCAAAAUAUUCUUCUUUUAUUUUUUUUUUCUUUUUAAAAUCAUAUUGAUGUUCUGAGCUGAUGUAAACGCCAUGCCUGUUACCCAGACUUGAUUUCCUCACCUCAUUAAUGGUACUACACAGUACCUUGGCAUUCAAAUGGUGACUAUUAUCCAACUAGAAUAUGAACUUACAACUUCUGUUAUUUUUUAAAGAUAUGUGUCUUCCGAAAUAAACUUUUUAUAUAUAAUAUUUUAAAGCUAGUUCUUUUUUUUUGGAGCUUAGCUUUGAAGGUUUCCGUAUUUGAACAUCAGUUCUUACACAGGAGGUAUGCCUUUGGUCUGCUACUCUUCACACUAUUUCUUCAGUGCUUUGUCCUAGAAGUCAGAUUUUUGUAGCUUAUCACCUGUAGCUGCGCAGCUUUGCUCUUCUCCCCUCUAUGAGUUUAGACUUCGAGCACAGCUCAGUUUCGUGGGACCAUUCCGAGAAAGCUACCUUUUCCCUCAGGAAGGGCGGUGUCAUGGGGACUCCUGUUACUAACUCCAUAAGUAGCAAGGAAAAUAUUUCUCUUCUGGGCUACAGUUUCCUUUCCUGUGAUUAAAGGGCUUAAUAAAAAAAUCUCCAAUAUGCACAUCAACCAGUGAAGCUCCUUUUUUCUCAAUGCACCAUGAUAUAACAGAUUUGAGGUACAUUUACUUUCAGGGAGGAGACUCCUGUUUCUGAAAAUGUGAUAGACCAGAUACUCUGAGAACUCUUCAGAACAAACCUGGAAAGAAUUUGUUUUUAAUCUCUGAAUAGAUAACUGAGCUAGCAAGAAAGGAGGAAAUUCCUGAGAGGCAAAAACAAGGCGUAAAUUGAGAGGGUUAGUGGAGUAUUGGGGCUGACGAUUGUACAAAGGGCGUUUGCCAAUCUUGUGUAGCCCUGAAGAUUUCUGAACAGAAGUCAAAACUUUGGGUCCUCACAGGAUGGGAACUUGGAUCAAGACCCAGAAAGCCUGGAACCCCAAAGGUGCUCGCCUCAA